GUGUGCCGCACAGAAACGCAACUUCCGUUGAGGGAAGACCAAACCGGAAGUUGCUACAAAUCGGGCGCAUUUCUUCGAUACAUGUCCGCAGUUUUCCAACCAACCAGGACAAUUAUAGAUCAGUGGAGCACCCCUUUAAAAGCAAGUUAAAAAAGCAGAGCAAUGCCUCUGUCCACACAGUCUCAGGACGAUGAGGAACACUAUGUUUUAGUAGCCAGUUUGGACAACGCUCGCAAUCUCUCCAACAUCCUAAAAGCUAUCACUUUUAAGGAUCAUGCAGUCUUCACAGCAACACCCAACGGCCUAAAGGUCACUGUGGAGGACUCCAAAUGUCUUCAAGCCAAUGCAUUCAUCCAGACAGAGAUCUUUCAGGAGUUCACCCUUAAGGAAGAUUUGGUGACUUUUCAGAUCAACCUCACUGUUCUGCUGGAUUGCCUAAAUAUCUUUGGAGGAAAUGCAGUAGCAGGAACUUCUACUGCCUUACGAAUGUGCUACAAAGGUUAUGGAUACCCUCUGACUCUCUUCCUGGAGGAGGGGGGCGUGGUGACAGUCUGCAAGAUUAACACACAAGAACCUGAAGAACCAAUGGAUUUUGAGUUCUGCAGCACUAACGUUACAAAUAAGGUGAUUUUGCAGUCGGAGAGUCUGAAGGAAGCUUUCUCUGAACUGGACAUGACCAGUGAUGUGCUUCAGAUCACCAUGUCCCCCAGCCAGCCGUACUUCAGGUUGUCAACAUUUGGGAACUCUGGAAAUGCACAUUAUGAUUAUUCCAAAGACUCGGACAUGAUGGAGCUGUUUCAAUGCACCAUGACGCAAACGAACCGAUAUAAGAUGUCCCUCCUGAAGCCGUCCACCAAAGCCCUGGCUCUGUCCUGUAAGGUCUCAGUGAGGACAGACAACAGGGGCCUCCUCUCCCAGCAGUACCUGGUCAGGAAUGAUGACGGACAGAUCUGCUUUCUGGAAUUCUACUACUGUCCUGAUGAGGAGGUGGAGGAGGAGGAGGAGGAAUGACAUUUAGACUGACCCAAACUAGCAUUUUAACUGCAGUGGUUUCCAGUUGCUCUUAAAAAAAAACAGCCAAGAAGAGGAACUCUGUCAGGAGGCAAUCCCAGUCUGAUGAAUGCAAACAUAGAAAGAUGACUGCUUCAUUUAACGCAAGCUUUUGAGCUAAAGUCUUGACUAAAUGUCUUGUAAUGUGGGUAUUUGCCGUCUGAACAGAAACUGAAUCAAAACAAAUAAACCAGAAGGGGCACUAAAA